AUUGUCCUUUGAAAAAGAGUUUGAUCAUUCCUCUUAUAUUGUCCUAUACAUUCGUUUCUUUCUCCUGCUUGCCAGUGUCGGCGUAGCGCUUACAUAUCGUCGUUGGGCAUCGACUCUUGAAUCCACCAUUUCCAUUAAUUAUCUCGAUGGAAGGACACAGUUCACCAACUGCUGCCGCUGACGUGCCAGCACAAGCUGGAGAGGGCCCUGCUCCAGUUCAAGCCGAUACCCGCACUCAUGCGAUCCAUCAUGACCAAGCAGCUGUUCCAGAACGGGAGCCGUCACCAAAUCGUCGUAUAACACCACGUCCGACUUUUCUAGAAAACCUCGCCAACACUCGAGAUUCCCAAUUUAUGCUAGACCGACGGAAUUCCAGCGAACUGGACCGGUAUUUCCAUGGCCCUCGUGACUUGGACAAGCAUUCGAAAUGGCCCACCUUCCUUCGAAUGCACGGUAGUGUGCUACCCAAAAUGAUCCUUCCGCUAUGCUUUGUAGCAGUAUGGGCUACUUUGAUUACGUUGAUCUCCAAGUUCGUUCAUAAUCUGGGAAUCAACAACAUUCUGCUCACAGUCACGGGUUUCGUCGUCGGUUUGGCACUGUCUUUUCGUAGUUCAACGGCUUACGAGAGAUGGGCCGACGGACGCAAGUACUGGUCUCUAUUGAUUCAGACCUCUCGAAACCUUGCCCGCACAAUCUGGGUUAACACUGGUGAACGUGAAGGAGAGCUGGGGAAGGAGGACCUUCUGGGAAAACUAACUGCGAUGAACCUCAUCCUGGCAUUCGCUGUCGCUCUCAAACACAAACUCCGUUUCGAGCCAGAUGUCGCCUACGAAGAUCUUGCGGGCUUGGUCGGCUACCUUGAUACUUUUGCCAAGGAUGCGCAUGACCGUCAACGUCUCCAGCCUCCGAGGAAGUCUCUGUGGAAGGCAACGGGUGAAUACUUGGGUGUCUCAUUUGCUGAAUCUAAUCCUAGGAAGCUCGUCAAGCGAUCCAAGAAGCCUCUCGGUCAUCUCCCUCUUGAGAUUCUCAACCACUUGUCGGCUUAUAUUGACAGAUGUAUUGCUAACGAGACCCUCACCGUCAGCUUGCACCAGGCACAAGCCAUUAAUGGAUUGGCUGCCCUGAACGAAGUCGUCACGGGAACCGAACGUGUCCUCGAUACUCCUCUCCCAACAGCAUAUAGCAUUGCCAUCGCUCAAAUCGCCUGGAUAUAUGUCAUGUCUCUUCCCUUCCAACUCUACAAUAGCCUCACAUGGGUGACAAUUCCAGGCUCAAUUGUGGCUGCAUACAUCAUCCUGGGUCUCGCCACUAUCGGCAGCGAAAUCGAAAACCCUUUCGGUCAAGAUGUCAACGAUCUCCCUCUCGACACGUACUGCCGACAGAUUGCCUUGGAGUUGGAUAUCAUUACCGCGGCCCCGGCGCCCAAUGUCAACGAAUUCUCCACCCGUGACGAAAACAUGGUGCUGUAUCCGUUGAGCACGGACGGUUAUAAUGAGUGGAAAGAUCGGAGCGUAGAGGAGAUCAGGGCUGCCCUCAGGACGAAGGUGGUUGCUAACUCUCCUUCUGCGCUGGGGUCCGACGAAUCGACAGUUAUUGGUAGCAUGAGUAGUAAACAAUCCGUUUAAACAGAUGAAAGGGGGAGCGAGGCGACGGGAAAAAAAAGAGAGAGAGAAACCCUUAAAAUAAAAGGGUUGAAAAAAAGAAAACUGUUUUCGGAAAAGUCACUACUAUCAGCUCGGGCAUUGGGUCUCCUUUCGAGUAUGCGCGUUUCGGUGUUUCUGUUGAUUGAGGGCAGGGUGUACUCCACUCGUUACUGUUAUAUUACUACGUCAUUCGUUGUGAAUAUGUUGGUCUUGGAAAAUCACUACUUAGUGUGUGGAUGUAUAUGAUUGGUAUAUGCUUGUUAGACUGUUUUACAUUGGAAAUGCUUGAGUUAUUUGGGUUUGGGCAAUGUUACUUC